UCUCCGUACUGUUGUUCUCGUGGUUUGCGAGUGUGUUGUCGCAUCCACAGCCAUUUCCAGAUAUCCAGCUUCGGACCACGCGCGAACAAGUCGAGCGCGAUGCCGAGGUGGAUCCAAAUGAUUUAUGGAAGCGGAAAGGUGGAGGAGGAGGGGGAGGGAAGGGAGGAGGAGGUUCGAGUUCGGGGAAGGGCGGUGGUAGUUCUGGGUCGUCGUCGUCUUCUGGGUAUGUUUCUUCUUCGUCCUCAUCUUCGAGGGGAGGGGGUGGUUCGAGUCGGAGUGGAGGGGGAGUGGGAAGUAGUACUUCGUCAUCGUCGCAACAGCGUGGAAGUUCUUCCGGUGCAGCGGGCACGAAGAAUGAUCCGAGUACUGCUGUGGCGGGCACAGACGCAGGAGUUGGAGGAAGUGCAUCGCGCCUUUGGAAGAGACCGGUUAUCAUUCCCACCAUCAUCAUGCUGAGCAGUGGUCGAAGCGGAAGUAAAGGAAGUAAACCCAAAUCUAACUCCCACUCUAGUUCCUCGUCAGGAAAAGGAUCCUCGUCCUCCAACUCCGGAGGCGCAACCAAGACCGGCUCAGGCGUAACCCCAGCGUACGGUGGAGGACGAUACUACGGCGGCGGAGCCACAACUCCCUAUACAUCCGGCAUACGCUCACCUCUCGGCAUCGCGCCCGUAUUCCUCGGCGUAGGACUCCUCUCUUUCUACCCCGGACUCUGGCUCUUUGGAGCAUACAACUACCCGUACACGCAUCCAUACACGUUCCACAACCGCACUGCGACGAACGGUACCAAUACCACUACCACAACAAGACGAGACACCGGCUUCGAGGUCCUGAUCCGACAAACCAGCGACGAGGGCGCCAACCAGACGAAGCCGGUCCUUUGUCUCUGUGCCGUGUACGCAGAAUGUGGAUGUGACGACAACGGGAAUACCACGUUCCUGGAUUCCAUUAUCGGGGACGGUACAUAUGCCAAUCUGAACCAGAGCCUAGUCACAGUCUCGGACGUCAACGGAACGAGCACUAUUGUGUUGAACGGCACUCUCCCAAACGGAACGACGGCUGCGGGAGGGACUGAAGAUGCGUUCUCUGGCGCUGUGAGGAGCUCGAUCGAGAUGAGUGGAUAUUGGGUCAUGGUUGCUCUGGUGGGCAUGACUGUCUAUCUCGUCUAGAUUGACUGGUGGUGGUACUUUUCGUUGUGCAUUCUUGGUUUGGUUGUACAUAUUCCCCGGCGUUGAAAUCGGACAUAUGGUUUGGCGGUUUGAUGAUCAAAAGGGUUAUUGAAUCGCUUUUGUAUUAGUAUUACGAGUCUUCAGUUCUCUUCUUAGAUGAGAUGGGACCUUUGAGAAUGAAAUAACGUUGCC